GCAGUUUUAUUUUAUUUUAUUUUUAUUUUUUAUUAUCGGUUUGAUUUUUCUCUGUUACUUGUAUCUAUGUGUUUGUGUAUGCAUAUAUGUGGCCUCGGGAGUAUCAAUUUGGCUGAUCAUGUUUUUUCAGAGUUUCAUUUUAUUCAAACUAUGAAGGUGAUGAUGAAAUGUUAAUGAUUUUCUUAAAUGAAAUAUUAUAAUAAAGGUAAAUUUUUUAUUAACCGAAAUAAAACAAAAACCUGAAUUACUCAUUCUUGUUGAGUUAGAUGUAUUGUUGUUCCUUAUUGUGUUUUGCAUACUUUGUAUUUUUUAUUUAUUUAUUUUUUUUUGAUGUAAUAUAAUUAGGAAUUUUUUGGUGGAGGUAAGAGAGAGAGAGAGUAGCAUUUUUUUGGGGAAAUACAUUCUUGUUCAAAUUACCAAAAUGAAUUCUGCUCGAAGCUAAAUGUUUGAUAGUAAAGUGGUUAUAACAUAUAAGCGAAAGCGACCAUCGACAAAAUCUCGUCUCUUGUAUGAAAAUGGGUGCCUUAAUUCUGCUUCUAAGUGCCCAGCUGAUAAUACCUUAGCUACGCCAGAUCAGGAUGACGACUUGACUGAAGAACAUAAAUCAGAAAAUCACAAAACAGAUUCACAGAUAUGUCUUGAAUGUGCUGUAUGUGGCAUCAAUGGUGAUCUGCUACAUUGUGAUAGCUGCUUUCGGCCAUGUCAUCUUCAAUGUCUUAAUUCCUCCUUCAAGCGCAUUCGUUGCGGGAAAAGACUAUGCGCUGGUUGUAUCAAACAGCAAGAUUCUUCAAUUUCUCCGCAAGUCAGAAAAUCGAACAGACUGAAGGAAAAGAAUCAAAUUGAAGAUUCUGAUCUGAGGAAAACAUCACCUGAUUCUCAAUCAUUUUUGAUGGAGAGUCCUGGUGAAGGUAUCUGCCAUAAGGACUCAGCUGGGCCAUUUUCUGAAGAUUUAUCGUCUAAGGGGAAACCAAGUCACAUCCAGGUAGGCUCAUGUUCAUUUGUGGGCUCUGGCUCUGCAUACAAUGGCGGGAAUACAGUACCUCAAUCAGUGGAGAUGAAUACUGAAAGGACAUUGGAACUUGUCAACUUAAAUUCCUCUUUUGAAAUAAAAUGCAGCUCUGAAUCUACUGGUGCAUCUAUCUUGAAAAACUUUAAUUCAGAAGAAACUGAUUUACUCAUUAAAGACAAGUCCAGUACCUCAUGUGCUAAUGCACUCACAGAAACCAAGUUGACCACCCCACUAAUUACUUUCAGUCGAAGAUCCAAGGGGAAAAAGGUUAUAGAUGCAACUAAGACACAGACCAAGUCACCGCUUGGGGAGAAAAAUUGCUCAUUGGCUACCAAAGAUUGUAACACCGUGCAUGCUAUUACCUGUUCAUGUGAAACAGAAUGUUGCAAAGGCUGUUCAGUAGAUCUAUCAACAAACUUGAAGCAAUCAGGGAAGGAUCCUUGCAUGGGGAUUUUGUUUGCUCAAGGUCAAAAAAGAAUAACCAGCAAAGAUGUUGAAUCCUCGUGCACUUUUGCAGGAUUUGAUCCUCAGACUGAGACUUUGAGACACGAGGGAGAACAGCCAUGUAGCAGGGGUUACAUAUUAAAGGACAGCUCACCUGUUGCUGGAGAAGUACUGGAUCAGAGUUCUGAACUAAAUCUUUCUUCUUCGCAUCCCAAUAUUGCCAUGGAGGUCCAACAACAUCAUCAAAUAAAUUGUUCAGGAGCUUCAUCAAGUGAUGUAAUUAAGCACUCCUUUAGCGAGACUAUUACUGAAAAUAAACAAUCAGUAUUAUCCAUGCAUCAUGCUUCCUCUGGAGAGCAACCACAAAUUUUGUCGAGUGAAGGUUUGCAGUCAACAAGAAUGCAGGAUACGAUCAAGAGAGAUGGAGGCUCCCUAGCAUGUUUGGAUCCAUCUGUUCGUCCACCUGCAGCCCUUCCCGAAUCCUUGGACUCCACAAGCAGAAGUCAUACUACUGUUUUACCUCAGUUAUCUCCUCAAGGGAAGGUUCUGCAAUUGUUAGAUAAGAGAAUUGGGGAAACUCUCUCCACCAACCAUUCCGAGAUGCAUAAUAAUGCUUGCACUUCCGAAAACAAAGUUGGCGCCAACUGCAAAGAUUUUGUAAACAAUUCUACAGUAUUCAUGGGUGUCACGUCAAAUAACAAUUACAUGCAGCUAUUUACAGAAGACAAAACCCAUGAUAUGUUUCCUUUAACCUAUACACAGCAAGAAGUCACUCCACCAUGCUUGGAUUUUGAAGAAAGAACAAGGUCUGCACUAUUUCUUGGCUCAUCUCUGCCAAUGGAGCCUAAGAUUGAUGCUCAUGUCUCAAACCCAACGACAUUGCCAUGGCCCAGUUUUGGCAUCAGAUCUAGAGAAUUUUUUCAAGAUGCAGUAUUCCAGUCUCCAUCGGACCAGACAUCAACCCUUCUAAGACACAAGAUGGUGCUUGACAACAUUUUAGCUAGAGAAAGAGCAGUAAAAGGAAACAGAAUUUUCUUGGAAAAAUUCGAGGCGUCAACUAUGUGGUCAGAAGAGGAGUUGGAUUUUCUUUGGAUAGGUGUGAGGAGACAUGGAAGGGGAAAUUGGGAUACCAUGUUAAGGGAUCCACGGUUUCACUUCUCACCAUGGAGGACGCCAAGAGAACUGGCAGAGCGGUGGGAGGAGGAACAUUCUAAACUUUUGAAUGGCACACUGAAUUCCCAGUUCAAGCAUUUGAGAUCGCCUGAUGUUUUUUCAGAACACAACAGUUGCUUCAUGCAUUCCAGAACUGGAAUCCAGAGAGAUCUGGUGGCUGAAACGGCACUCUCACUUGGAAAUCUACAUGCGCAACCAAACUGGUCACCAUUCUACUUGACCAAUGUUCAGAAAAACAGGAAUAUACAGCUUCAGAAUCUGGCAACAAACCUGAGGACCUCUCUUUCGAAUUGUAACGAAGUGAAUUACGGCAGGGUUAUGUACAACCAAUUGGAUGGCAAAGUAACACAGGUUUUUGAAUCUUCAUUGAUUAGUGGCCCUACGACAAGUUUGGCUGCAAAGUCUAAAUUGCCACAUUGGCUCAAAGCAGCAGUAAGCGUCCCUCCUCCUCCAAGUCCCUCGGAGCCAGCUUUGGCUUCAGUUGCUUCAUCCAUCUCAAAAGAACCACAUCAUGGGUGGAGGAACAGAAUCAACAGUAGCUAUAACAGUGGCUCAAGGGCAACUGACCAACAGCCAUCUGAUACCGCCCAUUGCACGAAAUUUCCGUCGAGAGCAGGAAUCCAGACGGCUCAACAAAAUGGGCCUCAUCAGUAUCGUGCGAAGAAACCAAAUGACUUGAUCGUCAUCAACAGCGAUGCGUCGUCUGAGGAGACCAUAUCUGAUGAUCUUAGUGUCAGGCCAUAGCUGGAAGGUGAUUUUGCACUCAAUCCAUGGGUAAGAUGUAGAGAGGUAGCUAUGGUAUCUUCUGUACAGCCCUUUUUUUUUUCCCUGAAUUUUGUAGUUGCGAAUGUAAGAUGAUUUUAAACUACUUGUUUUAAUGUUUUUUUCUUUUUCUUUGUUGUAUGAGAUGGGUGAACCAAGCAGGCUCAUUGAAAAAUCCGAAAAUUUGAAGAAUAAUUCCGGUA